AUGGAGAAAUCGGAUGUCGAGAAUAGGGAAGCUCGACGUCAGCGGCGGAGGGCGGCUGGUCGGAGCGGGGGCAUUUUCGAGAUCGUUCGAGACGGCAAGCAGAUCAAAUAUCGCUAUGCUUGGCCCGAACCCGCAUGUCAACCUGAAUACAUUACGCCCCGGGACAGUGUUGAGUCCAUCGUGUCCUCGACCGCGAGCGAUUCUGUCGCGGGAAGAGCAUGCACAGGGAUACGCGGGCAGCAGAUGGUAUUGACCGUUCCUGAAGGCGAAUCAAUGCAUGCGGACCGAAAAGACCGGAAUCUGACAAUGUCAUUAUCCCCCUCUUCAACAAAGAGAACCACAGAUUGUAUCGAAAUAGACAGUGAGGUCAUCUCCAGAACAAAGAACAGAAGAGGUCUGCCAACGGUGCAAAAGAUGGACCGGGAUGGUUCGCGGCUCGGGCAUCGCAAGACAGAAGCGACGGAGGGACAGUAUGAUGGCCAGGUUGCAAAGGCCAAAGAACAUCUCGAACCACAGACACAAAAGUCUCAACUCCUUGAAGCUACCUACCAGAGUCCAAUUAAAGAGCAGAUUGAAUUGGAGGCCGACUGUGACCCUGACCCUGGACAAGAAGAAUUAAACAAAGAAUUCUUCACCCCUCCGCGAGCCAUAAAGAUGUCGUCUGGAUGGGAUUGUCAUGGUGAUUCGGAUUCGGAAAUAUUUGACUGA